AUGACAAGGAGCCCGCUGAAGAGGCUGAGGCGGAAGAACAAGAGGAAGCUGAGAACGGGGAGGAGGAGGAGCACCCUGAAACAAAGCAGCAGUGGAACGAGUUUCGGAAAAAACACAAGAACCUGCAUUUGGUGGACUUGCUAUACAGUGACAGGCACCUGCAGUCUCUCAUCCGUCUCUGCGGGGUCUGCUCCGAGCCUGCAGGAAAGCUGCUUGCGAUGGGCUGCCGGGCUUGCAUCAGGCUCGUGGCUUACGACCGUUUUGCAAACUCUUCACCUGUUGCACUCUGCGAAGUUUGCUUCGGACCUGAACAUGACGGGGUGGUUGCCGGUCAAGCCGCAACUAGAUGAGCCCUGGGUACAAGAAGAAGUCCAGAUCUGGGAAACUGCAUGGAAACUCCUGGUAGAGAUCGCUGCUGCCAGGAGUUGGUCACAGGCAACCUACAGCCUCUGUGUUCCUCAUGUCUCAGCUGGAGUAUUUGCCAAGAGUGUUCGGGCCCGAGAAUUUUGUAUGGUGCUCCAAAAAAAGCUGUGGGAGAGACUUCACGCUGCCGCCCAGUUUGUCAAAAACAAUGACGAUGAAAUAUCAGCAGCACUUACGGCGCUGCUUGAUGACUGUUGGUGGCAGAAAACCCAAAUCGCGCUAGAGACCUUGGCUGUGGGCCAACAGGCGGAGUGGCGGCACAACAACGUUGAAGUCCGGCGGGAGGCUUUCCGGCUCCACGCAGGGCCGGGAAACACGAAGUUUAGUUGCGAGGAUGCCUUUGCUCACCUUCACCAUGUGGUGCAAAAGGCGAACAAAGGGGUCCACAAACUCAACAAGUGGGCGCGAUGGUUCUACGCCAGCGCCAGCAAGUCCUUGGCAGGCCCAGUGAACAUGGUUGAAACUUCCGUGGAUGACUACUAUGUCACGCGCCAGUCAGCGAAGAUGAACACGGCCCGCAGUAGCCGGCAUGGGCAAUACUUUAGCCCUCGGGUGGAACUGCCGAAGUCCCUGCAACUGAGUAGCUUGGUUGCUGUUAAGAAGCAAUGGGGCACAGCUGGCACCGAAGCGGACAUGCGAAGCAUCGCCGCCACGGCGACCCUGCUACGGGUUGACUUUCCAUCCUUACCCCACUUGUGGGCAGGAUGCUUUUUCGCGAAAGGCUUCGUCGUGCAGAUUGAAGCGCAAACGUACCUGACACUUGGAUUCAGAACCUGGGCGUCGCAAGCUAUCAAGUUGGAAACCGUCCAGUGCAAUGGCCAGGAGUUCUUUGCAUUUCCUGCAAUGGAAGAACGCGAGCACAGGAUGCCGCACUUCAUUGUCAAUGAUGACCCUAAGAAAACCACGUGCAAGUGGAAGAUGGCAAAGGUCGCCCCCGUUCACCCCAUGAUGAUGGAAGAGGGUCUUCAACAACACGUCAGCUUGCUGAAGCCUGUGAUGCCUCUUGAACCCUUGCCUGUGGCUGCUGUUCGGUGGGGUGUGUGGAUGCCAGCAAAGUUAUUGCAAAAGGUGUGCAAACACAACGGCGUGACAGCAGUCACUGGCAGUGGAAAGGUACUCAAAAGUGGUCGGCGCAGCGUCUUGAAAGUUGACUGGGCUCGCGCGCUUGUUCAAGCUUGGUUCCCGGCAGCGUCGCUUGCCGAGCAAGAGGAGAUGGUGGCUGGCCUCAGUGGCGUCAAGAAACCAAGCAUGGAGUGUCCUGAGGAAAUCAUCGAGUGUUUUCAGGAUUUGGACCCGGCAAACCAACAGGCUGGGUACUUUAUCGGGCUGAAGGACAUGGCUGCAACUGCUCAAAAGGCAAACCAACAAGUCUCUGCUCGUGGAGAUGAUAUCGAUGUGAGAAGUUCCAAGAAACACUACACGCCAAAGGAAUUGAUUCCAUUGCUUCCAGGCAAGGGGUCGCUCGAACGGUGCUUCAUCCAGAGGCACCCGGUCAACAAGACAUACCAGGGCUUCUACCCUGUCCAAGACACUACCUAUGGCAGCGGCAGCAAGCACGCCACAUGGGCAGGAAAGCGGGAGAACUUGACAGAGACUCAAGCGCUCACCCGAGUGGUUCGCCAGCUUUGGGCGUGGCACUACUUCACUGUUGAUGACGCUGUCAACAAAGACAUGGAGCCUACCGAUGCUGAUAUCCACCGCGUUGUUGCGGGCUUCAGUGAAUUCACAGGCAUUCGCGACCAACCCGCUGAAAGCGGCAGCGGCGCGCGCAGUUCCACUGAUCCAUUGCCCAAGGCUGCUGGUCCCAAGCCCAAGGCUGGUCAACCGCCCAAGGCGGGUCCCACGCCCAAGGCUGGUCCCAAGCCCAAGUCUGUUGGCAGAGGCAAGAAGCGAUCUGCCACCAGCUAA